AUGGUCGCCGAAACUGAAACCUUUUCAUUCCAAGCUGAAAUCUCUCAAUUGAUGAGUUUGAUCAUCAAUACCUUCUAUUCCAACAAGGAAAUCUUCUUGCGUGAGUUGAUCUCUAACGCCUCUGAUGCCUUGGACAAGAUUCGCUACCAAUCCUUGACGGACCCUUCUGUGCUUGAUAGCGAAAAGGAACUCUAUAUCCGCAUCAUCCCCGACAAGAAGAACAACAUCUUGUCCAUUCGCGAUACUGGUAUCGGUAUGACCAAGGCUGAUUUGGUCAACAACUUGGGUACCAUUGCCAAGUCUGGUACAAAGGCCUUUAUGGAAGCCCUCUCUUCUGGUGCGGAUAUCUCCAUGAUUGGUCAAUUCGGUGUCGGUUUCUACUCUGCUUACCUUGUUGCUGAUAAGGUUCAAGUCAUCACCAAGCAUAACGAUGACGAACAAUACAUUUGGGAAUCUGCCGCUGGUGGUUCUUUCACUAUCACUCGUGAUGAAGUCAACCCUUCUCUUGGUCGUGGUACCGAAAUGCGUCUCUUCUUGAAGGAAGAUCAACUUGAAUAUCUUGAAGAGAGAAGAAUCAAGGAUAUUGUCAAGAAGCACUCUGAAUUUAUUUCUUAUCCUAUUCAACUUGUUGUUGAAAAGGAAGUUGAAAAGGAAGUCUCUGAUGAUGAAGAGGAAGUCGUCUCUGAAGAAGGUGCCAAGAUUGAAGAAGUCAAGGACGAAGAAGACAAGAAGGAUGAGAAGAAGAAGAAGACCGUGAAGGAAACGGUAACUGAAAAGGAAGAACUCAACAAGACCAAGCCCCUGUGGACCCGUAACCCAGAAGAUGUCAAGCCUGAAGAAUAUGCUGAAUUCUACAAGGCUCUUACCAAUGACUGGGAAGAUCACUUGGCUGUCAAGCACUUCUCUGUCGAAGGUCAACUCGAAUUCCGUGCUAUCUUGUUUGUCCCCAGACGUGCUCCUUUUGACAUGUUUGAAACCAAGAAGAAGAGAAACAACAUCAAGCUUUACGUCCGCCGUGUCUUCAUCAUGGAUGACUGUGAAGAAUUGAUCCCUGAAUGGCUCAGCUUCGUCAAGGGUGUUGUUGACUCUGAAGACUUGCCUCUCAACAUCUCUCGUGAAAUGCUUCAGCAGAAUAAGAUCUUGAAGGUCAUUCGUAAGAACUUGGUCAAGAAGUGUCUUGAGAUGUUCCAAGAAAUCGCUGAAGACAAGGAACAAUUCGACAAGUUCUACGAAGCCUUUAGCAAGAACAUCAAGCUCGGUAUUCACGAAGACUCUCAGAACCGUGCCAAGCUUGCUGACUUGUUGCGUUACUACUCUACCAAGUCUGGCGAUGAAAUGACUUCUCUCAAGGACUAUGUCACUCGUAUGCCUGAAAAGCAAAAGAACAUCUACUACAUCACGGGCGAGUCUCGCACUGCUGUCGAACAUUCUCCCUUCUUGGAAGGCUUCAAGAAGAAGAACAUUGAAGUCUUGUUGAUGACUGAUCCUAUUGAUGAAUACUCUACUACACAAUUAAGAGAAUACGAUGGUAAGAAGCUGGUCUGCAUUACUAAGGAAGGUGCCGAAUUACUUGAAGAAGACGAGGAAGAAAAGAAGAAGCGUGAGGAAGAAAAGAAGGAAUACGAAGGUCUUUGCAAGACUGUAAAGGAAAUCCUUGGUGAUAAGGUCGAAAAGGUCGUCCUCUCUCAAAUCUUGACUGAUUCUCCAUGUGUCUUGACCACUGGUCAAUUCGGCUGGUCUGCUAAUAUGGAACGUAUCAUGAAGGCACAGGCUCUCCGUGAUUCCACCAUGUCUAGUUACAUGGCUUCCAAGAAGAAUCUGGAACUUAACCCUAACCAUGCCAUCAUCAAAGCUCUCAAGGCUAAGGCUGCUGCUGAUUCAAAUGAUCGCACCGUCAAGGAUCUUGUGAGUCUGUUAUACGAGACUUCUCUCUUGACCUCUGGUUUCUCUCUUGAUGAUCCUAGCUCAUUCGCCACACGUAUUAACCGUAUGAUUGCUCUUGGCUUAAGUAUUGACGAAGAAGAUACUCCUAUUGAAGAAGCCUCCAAGGAAGAAGCUCCUGAAGAAAACAACGAAGCUUCUAAGAUGGAAGAAGUUGACUAAAUUCCCUAAUUUUCUCCUAUAAAACAUAUCAUCAUUUCAUUUGUAUAUUCUUCAAUUCUUUUUACAUAAUAAUAAACACUAUUUUUC